AUGUCAGCAGACGCAAAGGUACAUCUAUUCUACAUAUCAAUCGGGUUUUGCCUCAUUUUAGGUGUUGAAAGCUACACUGGAGGGUCAAAUCAUAUAAUAACUGUUCAUCGUGGAGGAUCUGUCACCAUCCCAUGUCAUUAUGAUGAGAAAUACACACCGCAGAAGAAAUACUGGUUUGCAGAAAUUGAUAAGAGUAAUAAAUACACAAACACAACAGAGAAGAAUCUGUCAGUAAUUGAUCAUCCUGAUCAGAGUCUCUUUACUGUGACUAUGAGGAACCUGCAGGAGAAACACACUGGCCAUUAUUAUUGUGUUGUGGAGACUGGAGAAAAUCCACCAAUAAAAGUAAUAUAUGAACCUUAUAUCAAGAUUGAGUAUGCUCCUGAUGUGUUUGUGUGGAACAGCAGUGUAUCUGGUCAUGAGGGUGGUAAUGUCAGUGUUCAGUGUUCCUACAGUUCUGAAUAUAAGAAAAAACUCAAACGCUGGUGCAGAUAUAAAGACAAGAGUUCUUUCACAGAGAAGAAGACUGACACAUCCCAGAAUUCAUCAGUGCAGAUCAGUGAUAAUGGUGAAAGCUCCUUCACUGUGCUGAUGACUGGAUUGAGACUCUCUGAUUCUGGAUGGUAUUUCUGCUCUGUUGGAGAACAAAUCAGUCCUGUUCAACUCACUGUAACUGAGGCAGAAACAAGCAGUGUCACCAAGACAAUAUAUGAAACAGGAAUUAACACGAGUAAUAAAACUGUAGUUAUUGAGGACCAAAGGUACUGUGCUUAA